GGCAGAUAGCAUAUCAAAGCUGAGGUGUUUAUUUAAGAGAGCUGUCACACUGCUGGCACAAAAGGAGAUCCUAUAUCGGGGGUUCAGUACCAUGGAGGACUUCUGAAAAAAGAAUAUUAAUAAGAAAAGCAGAAGAAGGCAAAACACGACUAUGUUGGGAUCACUUUGGAUUUCAGACAGUAAUUAAUUAAAUAGCACAGACAAAAUGAGCAAGCAGGGAUCACUAGCAGCUUGUAUUGCAAAAAUGUAUGAAGGGGGCACCUUGGACAGUACAGCUAGCUCUGGACAUGGAACUCCUGCUAAAAAAGUUAGUCUUAAUCCAACAAAUAGUAUGAGUGCUAUGGACAGAAAGUUGAGUCUUUUAGACUCCAAAGUAGAAAAGUUAGUCAACAACCAGGGAGAAGUGCUCAUGAAGCUGGAUAUUGUAUACCAAGGCAUUGGCAAUUUGGAAAAAGGGCUUGGUAAGCUGAAACAAGUGGAUGAACCUGUUUCUUCUACAGAGAAGAAAUCAGAACAGAUACAAUUCAGUGAGAUAAAAGCUCUGUGUACAGAAACAGUGAAACUCCUUAAGUCUUUUCAGUUGGAUGCAACCAAACAAAAGGAGAAAAUUGACAAGAUGGAUAACACUAUGUCUGCAGUGGACAAAGUCAUUCGAUUUGUUGGAGAGACAUUUAAAAGCUCAAAAGUAGUGGAAUAUAUCCUUAAAGGCAUGGUCCCUUGGAGAAAAGUUAGCCUUCUUGAUGAGAAAAGAGAGGAACUUGAGGAGCCAAGUGCAAAACUAAAAACUGGAGUUCAUAAUCGAGGAAUUCAAGCUGAGAUCAAAAGGUUUCCUGAAGCUGUAGAGAAGACAUUGCCAGAUGAGAGUAUAUCCAGUGAUGAUAUUGUUCAUUUGCAAUCCCUGAACCAAGUUGAGGAAAAACAAAAAAAUGCCAAUCCGUCAGGAGAAAAAUCUACUAAGUCAAAGAACCUCGACUUCAAAAAGGACACAACAAGCCCCCUUGCCACAGCUGAGCAUGACCAAAAACCUUCCAAAAAAACUAAGGAAGUUACCAUUAAAAGCAGAGAACCCACACGCUCACAGACCUUUGAUAAUGACACAUAUGAUAUCAGUGGUACGUCAUCUAACUAUGAUGCAUCAUCCUGCAACAAAGAAGAGACAAAAAAUGCCAGCCUUUCUGUUACUUCUGUGCAUUCUGAGCCUCUUUUCUCAGAAACAAAUCACCAGUCUAAGCAAGCAACAAUAUCCUCCCUAGAAAGUUCUUCUGAUACAGGGAGGAAAACCUCUAGUGUUUUGGAUGAAGAUCACACAACAGAAACACUUCCUGUAACCCAGUCAAAUCAAGUGAACCUGAAAGCUUCAAAAAUGUAUACCGAAAGCAUGAAGGCGAUAUUGGAAAAGCAGACAGAGUGCCGCACAUCCUUGAAACCUGAAGGGACAUCCUCAAAACGCAAAGAUUCCUCAAUCAAGAAGGAAUCCUCAACUCCUUUAACAAAGUCCAGCUGCUUAUCAAAACCAAAAAAUGAACAGAAACCUCUUGUGCAAGACUCCAAAAUGAGUGGAAUGCAAAAGAAAGAUGGUAACUUAUUAAAGCAGUUCAGUUUGGAGAAAAGCAUAAAUGAACCUCACAAAGAACAAGGUAAUCAAAUGAAGGAUUCUGACCCAGGAGGUCAUGAAAAAGAAGCAGGAGAAAAUUCUGAUGCAGUCCGGAACUGUGAAGAACAGCCUAAAGCGGAGCUAUCAGAGGCUAAGAGUUGUACAGAAACAACCCAAAAGGCGUCAUUAAUUGUCAUUGAUGACAGCCCUCCAUUGCCAGCCCCUUUUGAGCACAGAAUUGUAAAUGCAAAACAGAUGGCAGUUACAACAUGCUACUCUGUAAGCCAGUAUGAAGUAUUAGGAGGGGGACGCUUUGGACAGGUUCACAAGUGUGCAGAACUUUCAUCUGGUUUGGUACUAGCAGCCAAGAUCAUAAAAGUUAAAUGCUCAAAGGACAGGGAAGAAGUAAAGAAUGAAAUUGGAGUAAUGAAUCAACUCAACCAUGUCAAUCUGAUCCAACUCUAUGAUGCCUAUGAAUCUAAGAACAGUCUUACUUUAAUUAUGGAAUAUGUAGAUGGUGGUGAGCUCUUUGACAGAAUCAUUGAUGAAAAUUAUCAUCUGACAGAGCUGGAUGCCAUUGUGUUUGCGAGACAAAUCUGUGAAGGAGUUCAAUACUUGCAUCAGCAGUAUAUUCUUCAUUUAGACCUCAAGCCAGAAAACAUACUGUGUGUAAAUAAUACAGGAAACCAAAUAAAAAUUAUUGACUUUGGAUUAGCAAGAAGGUACAAGCCUCGUGAAAAGUUAAAAGUGAACUUUGGCACACCUGAGUUUCUUGCACCAGAAGUAGUGAACUAUGACUUUGUUUCAUUUGCAACUGAUAUGUGGAGUGUGGGUGUCAUAACAUAUAUGCUACUAAGUGGCUUGUCACCUUUCCUCGGAGACAAUGACACUGAAACUAUGAACAGUAUCUUGCAUGGCAAUUGGGAUUUUGAUGCAGAAGCAUUUGAAAACAUCUCAGCAGAAGCCAAAGAUUUCAUAUCCAGAUUGCUAGUGCCAGAAAAAAGUAAUCGAAUGAGUGCUGCUGGAUGCCUGAAGCAUGACUGGCUGAAUAACUUAGCAGACAAGGCGAAGAGAUGCCAAGUUCGUUUAAAGUCCCAGUUACUCCUGCAGAGCUACUUGGCACACAGACAGUGGAAGAAACACUUCUAUGCAGUUGCUGCAGCAAAUCGAUUAAGAAAGUUUCAUCAGCGUAGGACUAUGAAUCUGGUGUAGGUUUGGAGGUUAAACAUCUGCACUUACGUCUCCAUCUUAUUUUCCUGAUGUUAUGUGUCAAUCACUUGUCUGCAGAAUACUUUUGAAAGACACUGAAAAUGAUGGUAAUUAAAUUGUACAUUUGUAUUCUUCUGUCAACAAAUAUUUAUUGUAAACAGUUAAGUGGUCUUAGUUUUUUAUGGAUGCAGCACUAUUGUUCUGUUAUAAGUUAGUUUCGUAUCGGUUUUCAGUAUAGUGCAGUACAUAUAAAUUUGUGGGAUUAAAACCAUUGUCACGUUAAAAGAAGUAAAUCUUCUGUAUAUUAUCUUCUUGUAACAGAGAAUAAGAGUGAUAAACAGAUUUUGAAAGGAGGGGAAGGCUAAAUGAUUUUAUCUUCACUGCAUGGACUCAGAGAUUUUAGUAAAUGUAAAAAGAACACUAUCUUCACUAUUAAAAUAUAGUCUAUGUGUACUUCAUGUGGUAUACUAACUCAUGCAGGGAGUGAUGUAUUUAUAUUUUUGAAGGCUUGUAGCUUGCACAUGGCGAUUAAAGUUAUGUGCUGAUCUUUUUGAUUGAAUAAAAAUAUCCAAAACCUGUAA